GCCCAUGAGGCGCCCUUCUCUCUCUCUCUUCAAGCAUCGACGGCGUGAGAAGACUUUUUUUUUGAAGGAAAUGCAUGAGAAGACUAGUGGUAGUAUUAAACUCCAAGAGAAGACUAGUGCUAGUAUUAAACACCAAGAUAGAGAGAGAGCCAGCCAUGGUCGGCACAAGAGAUCAAGCAGAGACAGGCACACAGCUGGGCGACCUGGCCGACUCCGUGGGUGUUGCAUACCAAGCUUGCGAUGCACAUCGAAUCGACUCGUGAACUUGUGCAAUGUGCCACGCUGCCACUGGUGCCGCAGGUGCGCAGCUGAGCUGUGCAAUCUUCUCCAGCUUCGAUGCUCUCUGAGCCGUCGAUGAUCUCCGGCGGAGCGACGACCGACGAGGCGCCGAGCCGACACGGCCGCGGCUGCGGCCGCGCCCACAUUGACACAUGUCCACGUGCACGCGCGCACGACAAGACACGACGCGCCACCCACCACUCUCUCGUUCCCCCACGGUCGAGGUCCACCCGAGUCACAGGUGCUUGGAUGCAUCCAUGGCCGCUGACCAGGCGCGUGCCGCCAAAGGCCGCCAGCCCAUACCCCUCCCGUCCCGGCUCCAUCUCCCGCACUCGCACGAGCGCGGCCGCAGACCGCGCCCCGCGGCACGGCGUUUCGUCGAGCACGCGCCAUGGCAACGGGAUCGCCGCGGCGGCAGCCUCUCCUCCUCCUCCUCCUCCUGAUCCUCCUCGCCGACAGCGGCGAGGCCAGUGCCGCCCGGCCGAGCCCGAUAAAGAACGUGGUGGUGCUGGCGCUGGAGAACCGGUCGUUCGACCACAUGCUGGGGUGGACGCGCCGCCUGCUGGGGCUCCCCGUCGACGGGCUCACCGGCGCCGAGUGCAACCCCAACUCCUCCUCCCCCUCCGCCGCCAACAGCUCCUCCUCCAUCUGCGUGUCCGCCGACGCCGACCUCGUGGUCCCCGACGACCCGGGCCACUCCUUCGAGGACGUCCUGGAGCAGGUCUUCGGCAACAUCUCCGGCGCCGCCGCGCAGCCCUCCAUGUCGGGCUUCGUCCGCAGCGCGCUCUCCGUCAACGCGCUGCUCUCCUCCGCCGUCAUGCGCGCCUUCCGCCCCGCCCUCCUCCCGGCCUUCUCCGCGCUCGCCCCGGCCUUCGCCGUCUUCGACCGCUGGUUCUCCUCCAUCCCGGGGCCCACGCAGCCCAACCGGCUGUUCCUCUACUCCGCCACCUCCCGCGGCGCCGUCGCGCACGACAAGCUCGACCUCCUCCUCGGCUACCCGCAGCGCACCAUCUUCGACUCGCUCGCCGCCGACGGCCGCGGCUUCGCCGUCUACUUCAAGACCAUCCCCACCGUCCUCUUCUACCGCCGCCUCCGCGCGCUCCGCCACGCGGCGCGCAGCUUCCACCGCUACGACGCCGCCUUCAAGGACCACGCCCGCCGCGGCGUGCUCCCGGCGCUCUCCGUCAUCGAGCCCAGGUACUUCGACCUCACGGGGACCCCCGCCGACGACGACCACCCGGCGCACGACGUCGCCAACGGCCAGCGCCUCGUCAAGGACGUGUACGAGGCGCUCCGGGCCAGCCCGCAGUGGAACCAGACGCUGCUCAUCGUCACCUACGACGAGCACGGCGGGUUCUACGACCACGUCGCCACGCCCACCGCCGGCGUGCCCAGCCCCGACGGCAUCCGGGGCCCGCCGCCGUUCUUCUUCAAGUUCGACCGCCUCGGCGUCAGGGUGCCCACCAUCAUGGUCUCGCCGUGGAUCAAGAAGGGCACCGUCGUCAGCCGCCCCGUCGGGCCCACCGACACCUCCGAGUUCGAGCACUCCUCCAUCCCGGCCACCCUCAAGAAGAUCUUCAACCUCUCGUCGGAUUUCCUCACCAAACGGGAUGCGUGGGCCGGCACAUUCGAGCACAUCUUCACUGAGCUCGACGAACCAAGAACAGACUGCCCAGAGACAUUGCCAGAGGUGCCAUUCGAGAGGCCGACCCCUCCCAAAGAACACGGCUGGCUCUCGGAUUUCCAGCGCGAGCUUGUGGAGCUCGCGAGCUUCCUGAACGGCGACUACAUGCUGACGAGCCUCGCGCAGGAGGCCCGGACGAAGACGAUGACGGUGAAGCAGGCCGACGCGUACGUGCGGCGAGCCAUCACGGGCUUUCUGCAGGCGAGCAAGCAGGCGGUGCGGCUGGGCGCGAACGAGUCCGCCAUCGUGACCAUGAGGCCGUCUCUCACAAGUAACUAAGUAAGAGCACCGGCUCGAGCCCCUGAUUGAAGUCUGCUAAUACACGUAGCUAAUUAACAGAUCUGAAGAACAGAUGGUCUUGCAUCUGAAAGGUAAAUGUACAUCGUCUCUGAAGUCUUAGCGUAACCGAAUAGUAGUGAAUUCUGAACUGAGUUUUUAUAUAUAUAGCUUCUGCUUCUGUUUCUGCAGUUUCCCUUAGCAAAAUUGCUAUACCAAUGUACUCAUCAAAUGUAUAAGAGUCUGAAUAUCUGAUCUUGAAACCUCGAGCUCAAAUGUAGAUUGGGCAGCUGUGCAGCAUCAUUUUAAUGUGAAAUACUAUAUGGAUUAUUAGUAUAUCAAAAA